GGCAAACAAAAAAGGAAUACAACAAAUAUCAUCAUAUUGAAAGUUAACUUGCCAUCAUGGAUAGAAAAUGACAAUUCUUGGAUGUAUAUUUUUCCUUGUGAUUUGUUAUUCUUCAUUUAGAACUUCUUAUGUUUAUGGUUUAGAAUUCAAGAAAUUUAUGAAGCCAUGUUUUGUUGGCGAUGAGAUUGAAAACACGUGCUCAGAUCCCAGUGAGUCGUGUCAUGAGAAACUGGGCACGGAACUCAAGCUCGUUAGGCUGAAUGGUAUCAAGGUAAUUCUAAUUCAUAAAGGAGAAUAGGGGAAUGUAAUUAAAACACUUUCUUUUAUCGGUUAAAUUUCUUUAUUCAACGCAAAUGCGGCGCCUCAGAAAUGAUUUUUUUAGAAACUUAGAAACAAUCGGAACGAGCUGGUGGUGAUGCAGGUCAAAUACGGGUUGCUAGUGGACGGAACAAAAGAGAGUGCACUAAAGACUGAAAAGCAUUUUAGAAACCAAAAGCGGGCGGGAGCAAGCUGCCAUUCAGAAUUCGCACAAUUGUGUUCUAAGGGCUUCAAUUUCCCGUGGGGACUUAAAAAAACUAUGCGAAAGGACUAUUUUCGUGGUGAAGUCUGUGCUGUAAAAUCCUGACCGUAAAUUAACCAAUCAGAUUGCUCCAUUUAGCCUUGCGAAUAGCUAGCCACGAUAAGUAAAUUUCAAGAUACAAUGAUACAAUUAUAACGAUAUAGUGAUACAAUCUAGGACAUUAACACCUUGCUGUUUUGAUUAUUUUACCCAUCUUUCUCUGACUUUCAGACAGGUCACUUGCAGUGGGUGAAGGUCAGUGAUAAGAGAUUUGCAAAACUUAUCACACGAGCAAUGACACCUGUAGUGUUCGGUUAGUACUUCUUCUGAAUUUUUUUACCUGACGAUUUUCCAUACCACGGAAUUGGAAUGAAAGGGGGACAGUAAAUAUUGAUUUAAGUUUUACAUAAACGUAUUCUGGACAUUUUCAUGAAAAUUGCAUAAGUAACUAUUAUUUCUAUGCAGUGUGACUACACUAGGGACUGCCAAUUUGACUUUUAUCCCUUUGUCAAUUUCAAGAAAUUCCAGAGUUCCUGUCAUCUGAAGAGUGUGAUCACAUCAUCGAACUGGCUAGAAAAAGCGGGCUUAGGACUAGUACCUCUGGUUUCCAGUUCAACUACGACGGAAACUUGGACAGAGAAUUGGAGACAGCUGGUGAGGAAGAGCUACUGGAAGUCGAAAACUACAAAAUGUCAAUGUUUUGUUAACGAGAAAAGAAAAAGUCAUUCGAACCUUUAGCUAAAAGGUUAUGCUUAAUUUUUUUGUAACGUCGAGCACUCAGCACUCAGUCAUCACAUUAGUCAUUGUCAUGUACUCAACGGGUAAGCUCUUGAAGAGCCUUCACCGGGUUUAAAAGACGAUUGACCACACGUUAACUCAUUUUCAGUUAACACAUAGUUACGAUUAGCCUGCAUCGCAGACAUCAUUUAACCCCGGUAGGGAACUUCUGCGAAACUGCGUCGAAAUCCUUGUUCUGGGCCCCCAACGGAUUACCAGAAAUGAGUUUCGAAUUUCCUUUCAUACUGAUUGGAAAAUCGACAAUGGCUUUUUUUUAAUAGACCAAUCAUGGCGCGUACUCAAAUCCUGGGACACAGAUGGGGGCCCAAAACAAAAUUUUGGCGCCGUUUCGCAGACGGACUUAACCAGUGUUUAGGUUCGUCUGUAGCGCAGGCUAAGUUACAAUCUAUUUGACCUAUUUGUCAAUUGGAUGGCGCCACUCAAGAGGGUCCCCAGAAGGAUUUUGGGUGUUAAGGCUGGGAUUCAGAUUUGUAAAUAAUACUGUAUCAACAGAAUGCAGGAUUUAACGUCUUAACAUUGCGGAAGUGUGGAAAUAUUGUUUUAUAGGCAUUGUCUGGAAAAGGUGAUCUUUAUUUAUUUUUCUUAAAAGUAGAAAAAUUAUUUCAUUUUGACUAAUCAUAAGUUACCCACAUCUGCCCGCGAUUGGUUCUCCGAAGAUGGGGGAAUCUGGGACUUUUGUUAAGAUGAGGAUUAGCCAAAAAAUAGUCAUCGAGACCACGAGAUUGAGGAAAAGGGUUUGAAAAACCCUAUAGGACACUCGGUGGUUUAUUAACGUCGGGAACUGUCUUGCAGACAGAAAUUGGACACUUGGUCAUCAUGAGAUAUUUGCUGGAAACUUUGAGACAUGGGAUACAAACAAAGAUGGCUAUGUUGACACUGAUGAGGUACCGUAUGUUCUUUUUAAAGAGAAAAUCUUGACACGCACUUAAGCCCAAAGGCGCAGUCAAAACACCCAAUAGAAGGUAGCUUGUGUGUAACAGUCAUUUAAACAAGCUUUCAAUUGGCUUGAUAGCCUUCUGUCUCGCGUUAUGACUUUUUUGGUAUUAUUACUUUUAAAAAAUCCGACCAACAAAUUGACAUCUUUAAAAUUUCAAAGUUGAAGGAAUUUGCCGGGCAUCACAAACAGCUCUAUCUACCGAACGAGGAAGUGAACAAAAUGUAAGUGCAAUGAUAGAUAUUUUUUUUAACCGUCUAAAUGGUUUUUCUUGUUUCAUAUUUCUUUCAAUAACAUAUAAUUCAAUUGGAUUGAAGAAUAAGGUCCUUAUUGAAGAAAAGAGAGAAUGAGAAUCGUAAUCCACUAAUCCACUCAAAAUUCACCCAUUCCUGGUGUCAGUGUGCGCCUACUCCCUCAGUAUGGCAACACUGAAGUUUCUGCGAUUAUAUGCUAUGAAAGCCUAUCUACCCAACUCUUUGGGAAAAACUAGGAAAAUGAAUCAGUUCUUAUGGUAUAACCGAUUAUGAAACACAUCCAGGAGGCCGUUAAGGGGAUUGUUGAAGUCAAUAAAUCUCCUCCGUCACCUGAAUCGGAAUCAACUCCACCACAAAAUCCUCUAGACUUGAGACAGACUAGAAAUAAUACUUGGUUUGCCUAUACGGCAAGAAGAAAGCGCGCCAUGUAAACAACACAUUUAUUCACCUUAGUAGAACCUUACACAAUCUCAACCUUCGUACGUAAGUUAUAUAAGUAAGAAUGCUAAAAGGAUGUCUAAGUCAAUUCACAGGUUUACCAAUAUCAUCUUCGGAAUCUUUUUCUCGGCUACCUAGGCUUGAAGACUUGGACAUCAGCGACAAAUUUUUAGACGGUAUGUAUGGUUAUAACAGUUUCAGAUAUAUAAAGCAAAUGAUGCGGGAAGGAUGUCUGCUUCUUUUAAAUUUAUGCUAUUCGAAUAAGACUUCAGUUUAGAAUAUUGCUUACAAAACUUAGCUUGUAUUUUAUUUGUAAGUCCAUAUCACGCCUGAAUUUUAUUCAACAGGUAAACUGACAUCAGAUAAUUUUAAAAAGUUAAAUAUCAAGAAAAUUCUUCACUAUAUGGAUUUCUUGAAGAACAACAGUCCACGUCACAGAUUCCGCUUCAGCCAGCAAACAUGGUUACAGCAAGAUAAAACCGCUGACCCUNUGCUAUUCGAAUAAGACUUCAGUUUAGAAUAUUGCUUACAAAACUUAGCUUGUAUUUUAUUUGUAAGUCCAUAUCACGCCUGAAUUUUAUUCAACAGGUAAACUGACAUCAGAUAAUUUUAAAAAGUUAAAUAUCAAGAAAAUUCUUCACUAUAUGGAUUUCUUGAAGAACAACAGUCCACGUCACAGAUUCCGCUUCAGCCAGCAAACAUGGUUACAGCAAGAUAAAACCGCUGACCCUGUUUUGAGACAGCUUCAUGAAAGGUAAGCUUUCUAACACAGCUUAAUGAGCUGCACUUGAUGAGUUCCUUCUAAUAUUUAUGGAGUUCCAUUUUUAAAAAAAUCGCGGAAAAACGUAAUUGUUUCCCCUGUAACCCUUAAGGCCGAUUUCAACUGCCGCGUAAUUUGGACGUGCGCUACGCACGUAAAUUUUACGCGUGUAGAUGAAUUAGAGGCAAUGUGUUUAAAAAGGUCGCGCGUAAAGGUGGGAAUGAACCUCUCUCAAAUUUUACGUUUAUGCGCGAUCUUUCAUGCAUUGGCUCUAUUUUAUGUACCCACAUAAAUUCUAUGCGUGUGCGCAUGUAAAAAUUACGCCCACAGUGGAAACCCACACGUUAUUCGUGGGGUCGUUUUUGCUGUGCCAUCCGCUCGACUGGCAGCGUGGCCGACGUCCAAAGCGUGAAAUGCUUUAAGUGGCCGCGAAUAGAGGUUUUUUGAAUCUGAACGGAUUACGAACAUUUUGCCCGCUAGGAUUUCGGUUCCUGCUUUUAAUAAAAGGAUGGCCGUUUGUGAUGGGAAGAUCGCUUUAUGAAAGUUGUCAGUGGUAAAGACUGCACUGUAUUUGGCCAAGAGAGAAUUAGACACUCUAAAAAUAAUUGUAAUGAAAUUCACAUCUCCCUGCCAACGCCCUAAGAUUUCCUUCCUGUCGAUUCAGUUAUUCUCUCUUGAACUGGCCUUGUUCACUCAAACUAUUAUAAAAAUUUGAAUAUUUGCUCUUUCUUCUGUUUGAAAUUAAUAUUACUCCAGCCUUCUAACGCUAUAAGAAGAUGAUUGAUAGUUCCAGUUUACGAAGAAUUUAAGGAAAAGUUGUAUAUUUCAUAGAGUCAUAAGGCUGACCAAACUUCCAAGGAAAAUCGUCCAAGGAGGAGAACCGAUGCAGGUGAAUUUUAUGCUAGAAAGAGUUAAAUAAGUUUAGAAAAUGCUACCAAAAGUAACCUACAUCUCUUUGCAAGAUAAAAAGUAGCCGUUACUGACAAUGUUUUAUAAUCAUUCAAUCAAUUAAUGAAUCAGUCAAUCAAAAGGGGCAGAGGGGUAGGAAUUUUUGAAAAGGCCAUUUUAAUUAAAAGGGUAUUCAAUUCUAUUAUGUUUCGAACCCACACGUCUUAUGGUCGAAUCAAUUUAAUUUGUCAAAUGCCUCGUAAAAAUAAUGAUAAGAAUUACUGUAUUAAGUAGGUAUGUGAAAGUGGCAUUAUUUUUUAAUGUAAGCUAUGCUAAAGUAGUACCUUUUCUAUAUGGCAUAUAAAAGGGUCAGGGGCUGGACUCGGGGCGGAGCCUCCCCGUAUAAGACAUCGAUGAGUACCCCCUCUAGGGGUCAGUUUCUUACAGUGAGUCACCACCUCAAUCUCGUCACCAGAGCCUUCGAUUUCUGUGGCUGCGUAUAGUCAUGCGCAACUGAGAAGAGCUCUGGUGUCAAGAAUGUCACCCCCCGCGGUCAAACCAGAAUUGAAGAUUUCUCCCCUGUUUUGGCUUCUCAAAGGCACUCUUUACCUUCUGUUCCUCAUUAUAAAAGGUAAUUAACAUAAUAACUAACUUCACUUUGUUCUAAUGUGCGAUACGAGACGUUUGGCCAUAAAAAAUUGAUAAUCAUGCAUAAUUACAAACUUCAAAUCGCCAGAUUGGACUAUUCGAGACGUUUGGCGGCAGUGAUUAUUUAAUAAUUAAUCAUAAUUACAAACUUCAUUUUGUCAGAUUGUACGAUAUGAGAAAUUUGGCCACUAUCACGCGCAUCUGGACUCUACGGUUAACGGUCCCACAGUCCCUUGCUGUCAUCAAAAUUACUUAAGGGCAACAGAUUGCAGAGUCUGCAGGUGACUAUAUUGAAAUUGUACGUGGUACACACAGUCCUGUUGCUAGACUGACCUCAUCCAAGUUGGACAGGAGCAAUUAUCGCUGUUGACAAUAAAUUAAGUGUAGAAUUUCUUUUUACGUCCUCCAAAAUUAGCAUAGGACCAGGCUCCGCUGUAAAAAUAACAAAAACGGCAUAAAAAAUCUGUGAGCGAACUGAAAGAAAGCUUAACCGAGCGGUGGUUUGCGGAAUCUGCAGGUUCCAGGCUAUCCAAAAUUUGCUGAAGCAACUUUUUGUUUUCUGGCUGAGGGUGUUAUCCACCGAGACCGCCUAGGGCGGGGGUUACUUUAGCUUUUACGCUCGAACAGAAGAAAUGAAACGGAACUCUCAAAAUAUAUUUGGACUUUACAAGACUCUUAGAAACCUUUCCAGAUAAAAUGGAAAGUUUUAAAGAAGUGUAAAACCUCUAGCAACAUUAGCAAAAAAUGUAAUCUUUGUCUUUAUGAAAAGUUCAUCAUAUCAUCAUUUGUAAAAAAGAGCUUUGUAGCCUAAAGAGGCGAAACGAACUAGCGAGUUCAUACCCCCACAGAAACAGAUAUGUACUUCAGAACUCUACAUUAACGUAACUAAGACAAAAUCCAUCUGUUACCUAGAUACAAUCUCUUAACGCAUCCCUAUAACAACCACCCAAAUUUUACUGCCAGCUUUUAAUUUUAACGGUCAAUCGUUGCAGUUGCCUGAUGAGUGUGGUCCUACAAUUUCGGACCAUACGAAACAGCACUGUCGCAAUAAACGAUCGAUGAUUACUCCUGAAGCCUGAACUCCUGUGAUUAUUAAUAGUUAAGGCUCUUCAAUUAAAUGAAUUGAGCGCUCUACGAAAUACGUUCUACCCAGAACACAAGUAGUUUAACAUAUAUACUUUAUUUUAAUUAUGUUUUUUUUGGAAUUAAUAUUUCUUAAUAUGGGCCGAAUGAGCUAUUGACUCAGAGGCCAUGAGGGCGAGAGGAACAAUUGUUUUAGUAAAAUCCAACUGGUUGGUCAAAAAUAUCGAGGCAAAACAACUCAGCCCCAAACAAGCAAGACGAGUGAACAACAGUUAGCUUAUUACUAGCAGAACGAUGGACGAUUACAGAAAUUCGCCGACAGUCUAAUUCUGUGCUGACUUCUUCCCUGCUCACAGAUGUCCUUCCGCUAUAAAGUUUAAAAUAAGACUAGAAUGCGCGAGCGUGAAUAGAGUCAAACGUCCUAUUAAUUUCUAAGGCUUACUUUCCUACAAAUAAAAUCAACUGAAUGUAAAAAGUGAAAGAGAAAUAGCGAAAAAUUCAACUUCUAAUGAAACCGUUUCUUAUGGUUUGGAAUAAAAUAUUCUCGAAACUGAGAAUGUUUUGAUCAAAGCUGUGUAAAUCGAACUGAAACUGUGCAUGGAACCUUGCGUUUCCAGUAUUUAUCUCACCUAUUGUAUGGAAUAUGUGUGAAAAUCUUCAUUAUGAAUCGGUAUAUUUUAAAGAGCUUCACAACGAGCAAGAAUGCUAUUGACCGACAAUAUACAGAGCGGGGGCAGCUGUAGUGUCAGCUGUUACUGGUUUUUAUUAUUACUCCCUAUAAUAAACGUAAUGGAAACAAGAAAGAACGGAAAUGUGAUAACAGAAAUGUGGCGGAAACAUGAUCGUUCGUUUCCGACUCGGAAACAUAACGGAAACGCGACCCGUCCAUGGAAAACUAGAUCACCAUGUUUCCGCAGGGCGGAAACGAGACGGAUUUAAGCAACUUCACGUUUCAGUCGAGUUUACAAAAUACGGAAACACGUUUUUUCGUCCUGUGAUAGCCUUUAUACGAGAAGGAAUGAAAGCCUAGCCAAAGCAGUAGUGUCAAAGUUACAACUAAGGUAGCGGUCUUGUUAAUUUUGUGCAGAUCACUCCAGAAUGUGAUUAUAUAUAUAAAAAACUAUCUUAUCGUAGAACGCGACAACUGUCUCUGGGGUAAAAUUUAAUUUUUUCAGAUUUAUUACAAUCCUGUAUUACUUGAAUGACGUGGAAGAAGGUGGCGAAACUGCUUUUUUAAUUGCUGACAACACCACAACAACUCCAGAUGUAAGUCUUUAUUAAGUUAGGCGUCUUCUUUAUUGAGGACAUCAAUUGUAUUUCGGCAGUUUUUGGGAAUAUAUUUUUUAAACUCCCAAUCGAUCGUGAGGUUUGAAAACUACAAUAGUUCGGAGAAAUAAACAAAGCAUUAUUAAAUAUUUAAGGCUAAGCGCGAAGUCAUUGAUAUGAAAGUGAUUAUGUAUUCUCGUUACAAAAAAAAUCAUUUUUACAAAAAAAGGGUUUGCACUUAGCCUCGUUUGAAAGUUAGAGUUUUUGGAACCUCGACAAUGGUUUAUUAAAAGUGAAGGAAAGGAAAAGAGAAAAACCACGGUAGUAACACAUGAUUAACAGUGCAACGAACUCAACCGGGCAAGCUCAGCUAAAAUCAAUCGCCAUAUCACGGGAUGACGUUUAUGAUAAUAUUAAAGGAGCCUGACUUUGUUAAUUCGUUUAAAAUUUGAAAAUGUCUGUAUAGCCCCAGUUAAAGUUGUUACACUGUAAGAAACUAUCAUGUAAGUAGGCUUAAUCUUUGUAUUUCAUUGAUGAGAUUUUGGAAAAACGUUACUAACAAUACUUCGCUUAGUUCCAAAUGAAUAAGACUAAACUUUUUGUCUGUGAAAGACAAAGGGUGUGAACGCUCUCUUUAACAUUACCUUUUAACGCUCAUGCAUAUCUCUAGUUGUAUUUUGAAAACGAUGACUGGGCUUGUAUUAUUUUCCAGGACAUUUAUAAUUCAAAGGCCGCAACAGACGAGUUUAAUUUGAGCAUUAAUUGUAACUCGGCCAACUUGGUUAUUGCCCCCAAGAAAGGCACCGCCAUCAUGUGGUAUAACAGUUUCAUCGACCCGGACAGCGGUCUUCUUGGUGCAGUGGAUCAUUACACACUACAUGGUGGUUGUGACGUCAUUAAAGGGGAAAAGUGGAUUGCUAACAACUGGCUCACAGCGCCCACUAAACAAUCAAGACACAUCAGGAGCAUGUUCGAUGUUGGGUUUGAUUGA